AGGCCUCUGAGGAGGAUCGUGGUGUCAGGCUCUCAGCGCCGUUGGUGGCCUGAGGUUGUAUUUGAAUCGAUGGAGAGCUCAUUGUGGCUUGUGCGACGAGGAUGAGGGAUGUUCUCCGUAGGUGAGUGUCGCGGGGAGGAGAGAAAAACAAAGGUCUUGCAAGAGUCGAGUCGAUUCCAAUGGGUUGUCGCCUUCUUCUUCUUCUUUUUUUUUUUGUUCCUUUGUUCCUUUGUUCCUUUUGUUCCUUUUUGUAUUCCCAACGGGUUGAGAGAAACUAAGAGGGGCGUUGGGCGCGCGUUCAGCGGUUCUCUUCUUAGUAUGGUAGUUAUGUGUGUGUGUAUGUCAGGCAGAAACCGUUCAGAAGACACAGCGCAGUUGGGGAUGGCGACGGGGCUAUAUAAGAACAGGAGGCAAACAGGAGAUUAUAUCCACAUCGACAGCCUUCAGGACGGCUCAAAUAAAGUGGUCAGGACGGAUGUGCCGGACAAUCAUGAGAGAUAAACGGACACUGGGGGAAUAAUGGGGACGGAGUUUAAGGCU